GUCAGGUAAUGGUAAGGGUUAGGGUAAGGAUAAAAUUAGGGUUAGGAGAUUCAGAAGUGCGAUAAUGUUCAGUCAUGUUCUGUUCAAUGUACUGAGCCGACAGCCCGCGUUUGGCUUGCGCGUAUGAUGACGUUUCCAGCUUUUCUAGCCAAUCAGAGGCGAAGGAGGCGGGACUUUCCCCUACCAUCCUACAAAAAAAAAAUACCGUUUCCGGGACGGAUCGGACAGCUACAGGACUUGUUUACAGUCAUCCUGUAACUUUAUUUAUCCAGUAUUUUAUGAAUAUGACGGAGGGGAAAGCUCAAAAUAUCAGCUCUGUCCCCAUCGACGGGUUUAGCAAUUUAAGGAUUACAUCGUUAUGGACAUUUCUCAUUUCUGUAAGUUCAUUUUUACUUCUGGCUUGGAUGGGAGCUCGUUACGAGCUAAUGUUAGCGAUCAUAGCUGAGAGAUCCACUUCAUGUAUUCAACCAUGAUCUUUGAUAAUUCAAACACAGCUGUGGAUUGUUUGCCUCUCUGUUGGUCUCAGGUGCAGUGGUCGGAGCCAUGGCUCACCGGCCUGUUGGUGUUUCAUGUGGUGUGUUUGUUCCUGACUGUGGUGACCUGCAGGUUUUACAGAGCUCAGAUAUGUCACUUCGUGCUAAUGGGUGAGUGAAUUAUUAAGUACAUUCAUGUGCAAGUCUUAUAAAUUAAAAAAAAAUAAAACAAUGUUGGCAUUAUUAAGGAGCAGUAGUUGUAGUUUUUUAAGUUUAAUCCAUGUCAAUGCACUGUUCCUGCAUCGUUUUAGUCACAUUUUUUGUCCUUACUUUAAUCUUGCAUAGCCCUGCACUCCUGCACAUCUUUUAAUUCGACUUCAAGGACAUAUUUUCUCAUCCUUUUAAAAAAUAAAUUGUUAUAUUUAUCUAGUCCCGUCUGAAUUAACAGCUUUAAUCUGCGUUUACUUCACAUCUGUGUUUUUGUACCUCUGUAAACUUACAUGAAAGUAUACCAGGUUAGUAGUCAGACAAAUGAUUAAAAUAAUUGUUCUAGCCUGUGUUGGUGGUGUAUUAUGCUUUAAAGAAGUGGGCCACUGUAAAAAAAAAAAAAAAAAAAAACACCUCUAAGUUUAACACACUUCUAUAUACCACCACCAUCUGCAACGUUUUUAAUAAUAAAAUAAAUACAAAGUAAAGUUGUUACAACCCGACUCGUCAAGGGGAAAGGAAAGUAACAGAAAACCAGUUUGUAGGUGGUACAAAGUGUUUGUUUUUUUUUUUACAAGGCAUUGCGAUUUAACCAUAAGAAAAGAAAGUGAGGCACAAAAAAGGACUGGAGAGUGCUGUUCAAAUCAACAGAUAAGAAAAAGCAAAAGAACCUUGAACCUAGAGUCAACAGAGACUCUGCUCUUUCUAAAACAAAAACAGAAAUAAAAUUCUACUAACUUGUCUAACAAAACAAAAAUUAUAAAUGGAAUAGCUCCCCUAACUUAAUGUGCAUAACAAAGAAUAAUCAUAACUUUGAAUGUGUAAGUCUCAGGUCUAACCCUGGGCCAAUUUAAAUGAGUGACUCAAAGAAAUAACACACACAGUUAUACAGAGGUAGUUGGCUAAUAGAAUGAAUGAAAAAAAUCUCCUGAGUGAUGGCGAUCUAGCUUCUUAAUGCAGUGCACUACUCCUCGAUUGGCCAGGACUUGUGCUCCACACCGAUCAGUGGCACUCUCAAGGCUGGUCACCUAAGGGAUGCACCAAUCACUCUGCUGCACUCACACAUUCAUUCCGUACACGCAUAACAGCAUAAGGAAGAGUUUUGUAGCUUCAAGAUGUUGGAAUAAAUGGUAGAGCUCUUAUAAUACCUAGGGAUGUCCAUGUAGAUUCUCAUUCAUCCAGGUCAUGGUUAUCUUGAAGACUUAAAACAGGCAACUGGACUGUGUAGAGUUGAGAAGACGUUUCGCCUCUUAUCCAAGAAGCUUCUUCAGUUCUAAAGAUGCUAGUGUGAGGAGCAGAUAUUUAUCUUGCUGGAGAAGGGGGAAGAUAACGACUGGGUGGAGUUAAAAAGAAUGGGUCGUAGAAACCCAUCUCUGGGUGUGUCCCCCCCCCCAAGUCGUUAACCUGAAAGGGUCGUGAUUUUGAUUCCCACCAUCCUCUACAGCACAAACUGGGGGUCAUCAGAACACUCAACCACCGGGCUGAGAAUAUUCCCACGAAGAAAGAAGGUAAGGAAAAGGAACAGAAGCACAUCAAAAAUGCCCUGACAACCUGUGGAUACCCUAAGUGGGCCUUUGUAAAGAACAGAAAGAGAAAUAACACUGAACACGAAACGGAGGAGAGACGCAAGAGCACUGUAAUCCCUUACGUUGCAGGCCUGUCGGAAAAACUCAAGAGGAUCUUUGGCAAACACCAUAUUCCUGUUCAUUUCAAGCCUGGGAACACACUAAGGCAGAAGCUAGUCCGUCCCAAGGACAAAACACCGAGACAUAAACAGAGUAAUGUGGUGUACGCUGUCCAGUGCAGCGAGGAAUGCUCGGACCUGUACAUUGGGGAAACGAAACAACCGCUUCACAAGCGCAUGGCUCAACACAGGAGAGCCACUUCCUCAGGUCAGGACUCAGCUGUCCACCUUCACUUGAAGGAUACGGGUCACUCUUUCGAGGACAGCAAUGUACAGGUGUUGGCUCGAGAAGACAGAUGGUUUGAAAGAGGAGUUAAAGAAGCCAUCUUUACCAGGCUGGAGAAACCUUCUCUGAACAGAGGGGGGGGACUCAGGCACAUUCUCUCUGGCACUUACAAUGCUGUUCUCAGCUCUCUCCCCAGGAAGCCCCACAAACAUUCACACCUGGAACCACAUGACCCAGGUGGCAUUAGUCAUGUGGUCACAUGACAGGAGUCGCUAAUGACCCUUUCAGGUUAACGACUUGGGGGGACACACCCAGAGAUGGGUUUCUACGACCCAUUCUUUUUAACUCCACCCAGUUGUUAUCUUCCCCCUUCUCCAGCAAGAUAAAUAUCUGCUCCUCACACUAGCAUUUUUAGAGCUGAAGAAGCUUCUUGGUUAAGAGGCGAAACGUCUUCUCAACUCUACACAGUCCAGUUGCCUGUUUUAAGUCUUCAAAAAAAUACCUAGGGAUGAAUAAUGUUUUGGCUAAUUGAUGUGUGUCAACAGUUGACAUACUGCUUUGUAUUUUUUGUGUCAAAACCUGCAUCCUGACUGCAUUAACAACACGUUUGAUUUUUGUUCGCCACAAAAGUAAUUUUCUAUCAAAAUCCAAUCAACUAAUGGGCUUAGGUUAAUUAAAGUCAUCAUUAUGAUCACCAUUGGUCUUUGUAUGAUCUGUUUUGCUCCAAACUGGAUUUACAGAAGAGUGUGACAUUACCAGACAAGAAAAGACAUGCUGGAUUGAUCAGCACACCAACUUUCUUCCACUAUUUUAGUCAUUUGUUUUUACUUUUCUGAACCUGAAGUGCUCAUGUCAUCAUAAAAACUCUAACAGGAUCAACAGAAAUGUUGAUGUAAACUAAAUUAUCACAUCUACUCUGCUGCAUUUGCUGUUUAUCAGUCACUGACUCUGACGAUACCUGUUUUCACAGCUGCUCUGGUGUAUAGUGCUGAAUAUCUAAAUGAGUUUGCAGCGAUUAACUGGAGGUGAGAUCAUUGCUGCAGUGUUUUAUUUUGUUUAUUUAAUUUGUGAGAUACAAAGUGUGUGAAGGAUGUUUUGUCCAAAAAAGGAUUCAUAUUGUCAUAGUAACCUCUUUAAACCUUUUUCCCUCGCAGGUCUUUCUCUGAAUUCCAGUACUUUGACUCCAAGGGCAUGUUCUUAUCCCUGGUCUACUCUAUUCCUCUUUUGCUGAACAUGGUCAUUAUUGUGGUAAGAUAAUCCUCCAACUUGUCAAAGUUUUUUAAAUGAUGAAAGCACAACUCAACAGCAGUUUACAUGAACCCCUGUGUUCUACCUUGACAGGUGGUGUGGAUCUACAGGACCUUUUCAACUAUGAGUGAACUUAAGACACUCCAGCUCAAACGAAAGGCCCGCAGAGAGAAGAAAGAGAAACAUGACUGAUCUCUCUUUUUAUGUCCAAAGAUGGGCCUCAUUGGGAGGAAUUAAGAAAAAGAAGUGUCUGUGUCAUGUUAAUCCUGAAAUUUGGAAUGGGAAGAUAGAUUCUCUCCUCUGACUGUAACAGGAUUCUUCAUUGAAGUCUGUCAGGAUUGGGUGUCUCUUUCUAGUAAAGAUGGAUGCUGCCGGAUAUGGUGUAUAGAGUGUGCUGAGAUUUACAGGGACCAAAGGACAUUUACUGUUUUGUAUUUAAUGUUAUUUUAAAAUUAAUUAAAAUACUCAACAAAAUAAAAUGUUUUAAGCACGUUUUGUGUUUUAGGGAUAUUUCUGUACUGAAAGAUAAAAGAGUUUAAAGAGCACUUAAUAAGACAAGCAAACUAUUUACCGACCUAUAAAUCUGUCAAACUGGUGUGCAAACCUUUAUAGUUUACAGGUUUGCACACCACCUGUCUCUGCUGCAAGAGAAAAACCUCUUUAUUAUGAUGAAGAAUAUUUAUUAAUUCCCUCACAUUCAUAUCUACAUUUGAAUGUGUAUAUGAAAUGUAUCUCAGAUGUCCAAGUGUACAUUUGAUAUAUCGGUACAUUCUUUUCUGUUUAAUUUAUUUUCUUAUUUUGUUUGAUUGAAUUGUCCAUCUCCCCUCUUCAACUUUCACGGUCCCCUAUAUACUACUUGAAUAUCACCUGUCUGUCUUGUUUUUAUCUUACAAAUAAAAAAGAGCACUUAAUGGCCCUUGAAUAGACCAGUGAAAAAUUUCAA